GCCCCUGCGGCGCGAGCCCGGGGCGCCCCCACCCCAGCGGACCCCCCGCCAUGGGCAGCCAGAGCUCCAAGGCUCCCCGGGGCGACGCCGUGAGCGCCGAGGAGGCCGCCGGCGCGUCGCCCGCGAAGGCCAACGGACAGGAGAAUGGCCACGUGAAGAGCAACGGGGACCUGUCCCCCAAAGGCGAGGGCGAGUCGCCGCCCGUCAACGGCGCCGAGGACACGGCCGCGGCCGCCGGCGACGCCAUCGAGCCCGCUCCGCCCGGCCAGGGCGCCGAGGCCAAGGGCGACGCCGCCGCCGCCGCCCCCAAGGAGACGCCGAAGAAGAAGAAGAAAUUCUCCUUCAAGAAGCCUUUCAAGUUGAGCGGCCUGUCCUUCAAGAGGAAUCGCAAGGAGGGCGGCGGCGACUCCUCGGCCUCCUCGCCCACCGAGGAGGAGCAGGAGCAGGGGGAGAUCGGCGCCUGCAGCGAGGAGGGCGCGGCCCCGGAAGGGGGGCAGGCCGCCGCCGCCCCCGAGAGCCAGGAGCCCCCCGCCCAGGGCGCCGAGGCCGGUGCUGGUGCUGCUGCCGCCGCCUCCCAGGGCGGAGACGCGGAGGCGGAGGAGGCCGGGCCCCAGGCUGCAGAGCCGUCCUCCCCCUCGGGGCCCGAGAGCGGCCCCGCGCCGGCCGCCGAGCAGAAUGAGUAGCCGGGAGGGGCAGGCGGGUGACCUCGGAGCUGCAAAAACUGUGCUGUCCCGGCGAGGUCACUGCCUGGACCUGGUGCCCUGGCUGCCUUCCUGUGCCCAGAAAGGAAGGGGCUCUCGCCCCCUCCCAGCCACGUUCCCCCUCCUCGCCCUCCUGUGGAUUCUCCCAUCGUCCGCCUGGCCUUCCUCCCGAGGCCGGUCGAAGGUGGUCCCUUGCAGUUUCCCCAGUUAGGUUAGUGAUGUGAAAUGCUCCUGGCCCCGCCCCCU